CAAUUAUAAUUCUCAUUUUCCAUUUAAAAAUCAAUUGAAGCAGAAUCUCAUCGGACGAAGAAUCUCCGACACGACAAAGCAAACUUGAAGCUUCAAAGGAUUCAUUUUUAAAAACCCUUUUAGAGUUGUGAUGGGAGUUGUGUUUAUUUCAAGCUCAGCUGCAAGGUCUCCUCUUGGUUUAAGCACUGAUCUUUUAACACACCGGUCUUCACUUAAGAAGUUACCAUCCAUUGUUGCUUUCAAAGCUGAUGAGUCCACCAACUCAGAUUUAGUUUUGGAGAAGCAGAAGGAGAAGAGAGUUGUAAAAAGUAGAAAGCCUUGUAAAAGCAAAAACUUGGCUCCUUUAGGGUUAGAUUACAAUGAAGCUGCUGCGAGACUAGAGAGCAUUUACAAGCUUAGUCCUCCAGUGGAGGAGGAUGUUAUCGAUGGCUCGAAAAGGAAAGUUUCAAGGAGGAGGAAGAGGAAAGAGAGUGGUGGUGAAGAGAAGAAAGUAGUUGUGAGGAGUAAUGGGAAGAAGGAAAAGAGAAUGAAUCUUGAUACGAGGAUUGCGUUGAAGAGAAACAUUCAAGAGAAACCAGUUAUUGUCUCUGCUCAGAGGAAAGUAACAAAGAAGCAGCAAGAGGAGGAUAAGAUGGAGAUGGAGAAACCAGUUAUGCUUUCUGCUCAGAAGAAAGUAACAAAGAGGCAGCAAGAGGAGGAUAAGAUCGAGAGGCUUGUGAGAGACUACUCAGCUUCUAAUGAUGUAGUCAGCUUGGACUGGAAGAAAAUGAAGAUACCUCCUGUUCUUACUUCUGCUGAACAUUCUUGGUUGUUUAAGUUGAUGCAACCCAUGAAGGCUCUUCUUGAAGUGAAAGAUGAACUACAAAAGAGCUUGGGAAGAGAGCCUAGAGAAGCUGAAAUAGCUGGAGAGAUCAAUAUGAGUGUGGCUGAAGUGAAAAGUAAAAUCAAAGUUGGUAAAGCUGCAAGGAACAAACUUAUUAAGCACAAUCUCCGUCUUGUACUGUUUGUUAUGAACAAAUACUUUCAAGAUUUUACCAACGGACCUAAGUUCCAAGACCUUUGUCAAGCCGGUAUGAGAGGGCUUAUCACAGCUAUUGACCGCUUUGAACCGAAAAGGAAGUUUCGUCUUUCCACUUAUGGUUUGUUUUGGAUUAGACAUGCUAUUAUACGGUCUAUGACAACCUCAAACUUUACUCGUGUCCCAUUUGGACUUGAAUCGGUUAGAGUGGAGAUCUAUAAGACAAAAAUGGAGCUACUGUUUGAGCUAGGAAGACUCCCUACAGAGGAAGAGAUAGUUGAGAGACUCAAGAUCUCACCUGAGAGAUACCGUGAAGUCUUGAGAGCCGCAAAACCAGUUUACUCACUGAACUCAAAACAUUCAGUUACUCAAGAAGAACUCAUCAAUGGCAUCACAGAUGUUGAUGGUGUUGGAGCUGAUAACAGGAGACAACCUGCUCUUCUCAGACUCGCUCUUGAUGACGUGCUGGAUUCAUUGAAGCCUAAAGAGAGUUUGGUGAUUCGACAAAGAUACGGUCUAGAUGGGAAAGGAGACAGGACACUUGGAGAGAUAGCUGGUAAUCUCAACAUCUCUAGAGAAAUGGUGAGGAAACAUGAAGUCAAGGCUUUGAUGAAGCUGAAGCAUCAGGCCAGAGUUGAUUACCUACGCCAAUACAUUGUCUGAAAACCAAAUCAAACCAAACUGAACCGGCCCACUCAACCAUUUGAGCGUGUACUUGGUAUGAUACCUACUUCAAAACGUUUUAUAACGUUGGUAUAGUUUGUGUAUAUAUAUAUAUAUAUAUAUAUCA